CGCUCAGUCGCGCACAGUGCGACUCGGCCGCCCGGUGGGACCAGCCGCACCACCGCCGCCGCCGCCAUGGACUGCGACAUCUGCCUCGAGGACUUCAACCAGGCGGAGCGCGUGCCCAAGAUGGGUCCGUGCGGGCACACCGUGUGUCUGCGGUGCCUGGAGCAGGGCGACAUGAAGGCGUGCCCGACGUGCCACACGGCUUUCGAUGUCGCCCUGGAUGCACUGCCGAACAACUUGUACCUCCUGGAGCAGAUGGAGCGGCGCCCAGAGAGGCCGUCCCGCGGCUGGUGCUCGGACUGCCGCGCCGCCGCCGAGCCACGCUGCCGGAGAGAGAAGCACAACGUCGUGUGCGAGAAGAGGGAACUGAAGCGCCUCCUGCAGGGUGCGCUGCAGCAGGCGGCCGAGCAGCUGGAACACCUGCCCGACCUCUGUGAGGGGGAGCAAGACCUUCAGACACUCGACCUGCUCAAUGCAGAGUCCUGGAGCGUGACGCUGCAGGGCGGGGGCCACCAGAUGACGGGCACCGUGACCAACACGGACGACCCCCUCAGCCGGCUCAUGUGGCUGCUUGCGAAGGCCGCUCUCGAAAAGAAUCAGGUUGAGGCCCGAGAUCCCCGGACUGCCACCGCAACCCUUUCGCUGGCAACCCCGGGCCAAGCACCUCUGGAGGGGCGGCCGGUGCGGAAGACCCGACCCACUGACCGGCAGCAGGACAAGGCGCCGGGGGUGACCCGGCUGGUCAAUGUGUGGUGCGACAAGGACCCCGCCAGGAGCCUCCGGCUGCUGCAGCGCGCCGCGCCCACGGUGGAGCGGCUGCGGGUGCGUUUUCCCCGCGAGGACCACCUGUCCGUGGUGCACGCCAUGCCGCGGCUGAGGAGGCUGUACGUGUGGGGUGUCGAUGCCCCGGACGCUCAGCCCCCCGAGCUGCCCGCGCUGCCGGCGGGACGCGCCGGCCUGCAGCGGCUCAGGGUGCACUACCUCCCCCGCGCCACGACACAGUCCCUGCUGCGGGCGCACGGCGGCACGCUGGAGGAGCUGGAGUUGCAGGUGGGCACGGCGGGGAGUGGACGGUGGCCAGACUGCUGCGGCGACCUGCACUCGCUACUGCAGCAGAGCGGGCUGCGGGCGCUCAGGAGGCUCGUGCUGAUGAGGUACUGCUGCAGCCACGAGGCAGCCGCCUGCAGCGAGCAGCGCGCCAGGGCGCGGCAGGUGCUGCACGGGUCCGAGGUGCUGUGCGACGAGUGUGACACUGUGAUCCUAGAAGACAACUAGAGGCGCACGCUGCAAGGGAACGGCCGUCAUUUUGGAGAGUGAACGAACUCGUUCACCAACAAGCGAGCGAAUGGUUGGUUGCACAUCCAUGCCACAAUGCCACAGUCAAUCUACAAAAGUGUGGCGUUAUUUGAAAUUGAAAAGAAACAAUGCAGAAAUUCUGAAACGUUGAAAAGGCCUUUCUUUAUAAAGAAACUCUUAUAAUCUCACACUACAUUUUAAGAAUAAAUAAUUAUUGAGGAUG